AUGUGGAGCCUCAGAAACGUCACGCAUCCCUUAUUCCCACCUCUCUCCCUUCGUGACACCCAAGCUGUCUCCUCUAUCCCCACUCUCCCCUCAUCUACCCCGCUCUCCCCUCCUCUCACCCCCUCUCUCCUUCCUCUUCCCCCCCUCUCCCUGCACUCCCCUGCGUGCAUCGCUUAUCUUCCCCCGUGCACUUGCUCCUUUUUUUUGCACACCCCCCCUCUCCAUCUCCCCUCCGCUCACCCCUCAUUCCAGCCCUCUCCCCCUCCCCUCCUCUUCCCCCACCCCCCACGCACCCCUCAUCUCCCUCCCCCCCUCUCCCCUCCCCGCCCACCGCCCCCUCAUCACCCCUUGCAACCAUGA